AUAUUAGAAUAGAAAGGUUUGCACAAUAGCUUUGGGCGCUGGUACUAUUGCUUUAUAAUUCUGCUAGCCCACUCUGCCCCUCUAGUUGUGCCUAUAGCAGUUACGCACAAGUAUGUGAUGUUAACGCGAACACACCUACUACUGAUCAUUUGAACUUCAUAUCACAACAUAUGGAUAUUAAAAAUGAUUACGUCACACAGUUAACACAACAAACCAAACGACAUUGAAACGCUAACCGUCCAGUGUAUAACAAUUCGAGCUUAAACGCGUACAACAAACGUUAUUCAAUUUCAAAUUAUGGCUUUAAAAUCAAACACAAUGUAUUUACAUUUAUUUUUAAUAUUAAUUUACACAUUUGUUGGUUCGUGGAUACCUACGCCCGCUGAAGGUGCGAGAAUAUUAGCCGUGGAGACGGUUGGAGGUAAAAGCCACUGGAACUUUAUGAGCUCAAUUCUUCGGGUGUUGGUGGACAACGGACACAAUAUCACCGUGUUCACGCCGUUCACCGGCGGAAACCGUGAAAACUAUACUGAAGUGGACAUUUCUAUGGGAUCUGCAAAACUACUAGACGGACAACUUACAGAAUUGAUAGAUAAAUACGGAGAUCUGAAAAAAAUUGUUGGUGAGAUGUCAGUGAUGAGUAGAAUACUAUGCAAUGUGAUUUAUGAAAAUAGUAAAAUGAAAGAGAUACUCGCUAAUACUCGUUCUGACUUCGACGUAGUUCUAAUUGAACCAAUAUUAUCGGAGUGCGUGUCGUACCCCGCCAUUAAGUUAAACUUGCCACUCAUAUACGUCUUGCCAGUACCAACAUUGGGUAUACUAGAACGAAAAUUAACAGGAGACGUGUCCAAUCCCGCUGUAGUUUCUUUGAAUGUAGCAAAAUUUGGUAUUCCAAAAACACUUGCCCAGAGAGCAAUCAAUUGCGCUAAUUUAAUUUACUGCACAGUCAAAUACAAAUUCCACGAACUUUAUAAUCAAUUCACCGAACCGCAAGAGUACGAUUUGUACGCCCCAAUCCCACCAUCUUUGACAUUUGUAAACAGACAUUUCACAAUCGAACCGGCAAGUUCAAUCUCGUCAAACGUCGUCGGAAUUGGUGGAAUACAUUUAAAAGCGCCCAAAAAGUUACCAAAAGACAUACUAGAAUUUAUCGAAAAAUCGCCUCAUGGUGUAGUUUUUUUAACUUUUGGUUCAACUGUUAAAGUUGCUUCUUUACCAGAGCACAUAAAAAAAGCAUUUAUUGAAUCUCUCGCACAGAUCCCUCAAAGAGUAUUAUUAAAAUAUGAAGAUGAACUAGAACCCAUGCCAAACAAUGUGAUGACUAAAAACUGGCUACCUCAACGUGAAAUUCUUCUACACCCGAAAGUGAAACUCUUCAUCAGCCACGGAGGUAUCUCUGGAUUAUACGAGGCUAUAGACGGCGGGGUUCCUGUUCUUGGAUUUCCUUUGUUUGCUGAUCAGCCAAGAAAUAUCGAUAAUUUAGUCAAUUCCGGAAUGGCUAUUUCUAUGGAUAUUUUGACCAUAACAAAAGAUGCGUUUUUAAAAAAUGUUUUAGAACUACUCAAUAAUGAAAAGUACUCUGCAAAUGCUAAAACUGCAUCGAAAAUAUUCAAAGAUCAGCCUAUGUCACCGGAAAAUUUAGUUGCGUACUGGACAGAGUAUGUUAUACGUCAUAAAGGAGCUCCACAUUUGAAAUCUCACGCACUUAAUCUACCGUGGUAUCAAUACUAUCUCUUGGAUCUUAUUGCUUUAUUAUUAGUUUUUAUUAUUUUUGUAUUUUUUAUUUCCUAUAAAAUAUUGAAAUCUAUUUCAAAAUUAUUUUCAAAAGAUUCUAGACAUACUAAGUCGAAAUCUGAAUGAUUUAUACUUUAUAGUAUUACUAAUAUACUUCAAGGUAGGUACGAGUAUUUUUCUAAACUGUGUAGCAGAGGUGGAAUGCGCAAUUAAUGAUAUAUUUUAUGGUUAUAUACCUAUUACUAUUUAAAUCUAAAUUAACAUAAAGCAAUAAGGGGGUGCUAAAUAAAAAAUUAGGGUGCUAUUGUGCUAAGCACACCCAAGCUCCCCAAAUUGCGCCUUUGUAGUAUUUUAAUUCUCUUCGAAGUAAAAUCACGAAGUUUCAAUUUUCAACAAUUUUCUUCUUAAUUAGUAUAGGUACUUUUAUAUGACAAUUAAUUAUUUAUUAUUUUAUUUUAUUUUUUUAUUUUAAGCAUUGAAUAAUUUAGUGUCUAAUCGUUAUGUAUUAUUUAGAUUGAAAUAAAUAAUUUUUUUCUUAAAUAUUAAAACAUAAUGUGAUUGAAUUA